GAGAGCUGGAUGUUCUAUGUUUGAUUUGGAGAACAAAGUUGAUGCAGCCAUGCCAUGCACAAAAGGCCCUGUGAUUCUCAUCACAGUUCUUUGCCUUUUAUCAGGUGUCCUUGGUCAGCGGGACUGGGGUGUGACGUAUCCCUCUACCAGCAUCUGUGGUUUAAAGGGGUCAUUUGUGGACAUUCCCUGCACUUACUCAUAUCCAAGUGAACGAAAAAUCAUAAAGACAUUCUGGCACUUUAUACUCCGGAUGGAUGACUUAAAUCAGGAUUCCAAAUAUCAGGGGCGAGUGGAAUAUCUUGGGGAUAAAAGGAACAACUGUGCUCUAAGAAUCAAGGAUCUGAGAGACAGUGACACUGGGGAACAAUACAGAUUCAGGUUCAUAACUGAUGACCCAGAUGGGAUGUUCUCUGGAUCUCAGGUCUCUCUGACACUUACAGAUCUUCAUGUGAAAGUGAGUCCAGAAUCAGUGAAAGAGGGAGACGAAGUGACCCUGACCUGCAGCACCACCUGCAGUCUGAGUAACAACCACACCUACAUCUGGUACAGGAACUCACAGCCUCUGAGCAACUCGCACAUAACCGGAAGCAACACCCUGUCCAUACCUUCAGUUAGCAGAGAGGAAGAUGGUGGUUAUUACUCCUGUGCUGUAAGAGUACAUGAGGGUCACCCAUCAAGAUCUGUGUGUGUUCUGAGUGGUUGGAGUGUGACCUCCACCCCACAGAGCAUCUGUGCCUUGAAGGGCUCCUCAGUGGAACUCCACAGCUAUUACACAUAUCCUUGUGACCAUGCAGUCACAAAGGCAUUCUGGUUUACCACAUGGCCAGAUGGUAAAGAACCCGAUGACUUGAAACUGGACAAUCAUUAUGAAGGGAAAUUUAUUUACAUUGAUAAUAUUAAAAAUAAUCACACUCUGAGCAUUAGAAAUCUGACCACCAGAGACUCAAACAGUUAUCGCUUCAGGUUUAUAACUGAUAAAGACAGAGGAAAGUAUGCUGGUGAAAAUGUUAAACUCACAGUUACAGAGCUGGAAGUGCUGGUUAGUCCUGAAACAGUGAAGGAGGGAGACAACGUGACAUUGACUUGCAACGCCACCUGCACUCUGAGUAACAACCCCACCUACAUCUGGUACAGGAACUCACAGCUUCAUAAACACACAGCUGGCAACAGGCUGGCAAUAGGCUCAGUCAGCGCUGAAGAUGCAGGUGAAUACUCCUGUGCUGUUCAGGGACAUGAGAUUCACGGUUCACCUAAAAGGACCCUCAAUGUCAGAUAUGCUCCAAAACACACCUCCGCAUCAGUCCUCCCGUCUGGUGACAUAGAAGAGGGCAGUUCAGUGACUCUGACUUGCAGCAGUGAUGCCAACCCACCAGCACAUAACUACACCUGGUACAAGAUGCUCAAAGAUCGCUCUUCACAAGUUGGAUCGAGUCAGAACCACAGUUUUGUCAACAUCAGCUCUGAGCAGAGUGGACUCUACUACUGUGUGGCUGAGAAUGUGAUCGGGAAAUACAAUUCUUCAGCAGUGCAGAUAAAUGUAACAUAUGCUCCAAGAAGCUCCUCAGCAUCACUCAACCUCUCUGGUGACCUUCAGGAGGGCGACUCAGUGACUCUGACCUGCAGCAGCGAUGCCAACCCACCAGUGCACAACUACACCUGGUACAGGAAGCAUGGAUCUGAAUCUGCAUGGAUCGGACGAGGACAAACAUACAGCAUCACUAACAUCAGCACUGAGCACAGUGGACUUUACUACUGUAAGGCAGAGAACAAACAUGGAUCCAGUGAUUCCAAUGCCACAUUUCUGGAUGUGCACUACUCCCCCAGGAACACCUCAGCGUCCCUCAUCCCCUCUGGUGACCUCCAUGGAGUUGACUCAGUGACUCUGACCUGCAGCAGUGAUGCCAACCCACCUGUGCACAACUACACCUGGUACAGGAAGACUGGAGAUGAAACAGUUCUUCAGGGCACAGGGAGGAUGCCGAGCCUCACUCUUAACCUCGUCCCUGGUGUGGAUGGACUUUAUCACUGUGAAGCACGAAAUAAGGUCGGCUCGGAGAACUCCACCGGAGUCAGGGUCUCCUUGCCAGAUUCUGGCUUGUACAGAGGAAUCCUGUUUAGUGCUUUGGGGGUCAUCUCAGCGGUAGCUCUCCUGCUCUCCUUCAUUGUGUGCUGGAGGAGACAGAAGACUCAAUCAACAACAACCUCAAGGAGCACACACAGCAGCACACAGGGACACUCUGAUCCUGUCUACGACAACGUCUCCACAAUCCCCAUGGUUUCUGGCUGUAAACAGAAAGUUCCUGCAGAUCACAGAGAUGACAAAGAUGAUGUCCAAUACGCCAGUGUCCAGUUUAAGCCCAACAAACAGCGGGAGGUGCCCAGCCAGGAAGAGGACAUCCAGUACGCCAGCGUGCAGUUUAAGUCCAACAAACAGCAGGAAGUGCCCAGCCAGGACGAGGACGUCCAGUACGCCAGUGUCCAGUUCAGGAAGUCCAAACCAGAGCCCAACGUCCCUGAGCCGCCUCUGUCUGGCACAUCACAGGAGGAGACCCAGUACGCCUCAGUGAAUCUGCAGGGCUGCCCCCCAAACCAGGGAUGAGUCUGCAAUCUACAACACCGUAACAAGAAGUCCAAACCAUGAGAGACCGAUGGCCUGACCGAAACACCGACUGAUAAAUAGGGAGAUUUGCAGCGAUGUUUAUCAUUUUAAUUGAUAAGCUAAAAGUAGUUUGCAAGCGUACCGCCAGCAGGAUUGUUACCCCUCUCCCUCCUCCCGCCCCUGAAUAGUUUUUAUUGAUGAGCUGUUUAAUACCUGUGUUUUUUUAACCUUGACUGGAAAGCGCUUUAAUUCAGCUUCUUUUAUGUUCAAUACAAGUGACUUGACAUGAUUUGAAUGUAGUGUAUGCAGUCAGCAAGCUGACCAGUGUGUGUGUGUGUGUGUGUGUGUGUGUGUGUGUGUGUGUGUGUGUGUGUGUGUGUGUGAGUGAGAGAGUGAGAGAGAGAGAGAGAGAGAGAGAGAGAGUCUGACCCAUUAGGUUGGUAUGGUUGUGCUCUGUCAGCUGACUGGUGCUUUUGGGCCCCUGCUCCAACAGUGAACCAAACUAGAUGUACCGCAGAGCGGUACAAAAUAUGACAGCAGCCCAGUCCAGCACAUUUUUUCCACAAAAAUAAAUCACGCUG